CCAUCAACAGGUCGCGUCCGCCGGUCUCGACGUGUACGAGAACGAGCCCGAAAUCGAGCCGGGCCUGUUGAACAACCCGCGGGUGAUGCUGCUUCCGCACAUCGGAACCAUGACGUACGAGACGCAGAAGGAGAUGGAGUUACUGGUGCUGGAGAACGUGCGUUCGGCGAUCGAGAAGGGUCAAUUGAUCACGCAGGUGCCGGAGCAGAAGAGGCUGCAAAAUGGCAGCGGUCAUUUGUAGAGUCGAGCCAGGUUUCUAGUACGGAGUAUGAUCUGCGGGAUAUGCUAUGUCAUGAAGUUUGUAGAGCUAGAUACACGAUUAGUACCGUAUUGCGUCAUUGA